GUGUUUUGGUGCGACAGAACAAUUUAUUGCACAAUGUUGUUGCUUUCAAUCACCAUUCACUUACUUUUUGCUGCUCUGUCCUACACCUUGCUGAACCCGAACUUAGUCUACAGCCAUCCUCAAUGUUUGGAUUUUAAAGCACCCUUUCAAGCGGGAGCAGGCCUGUCAUUCUGUUCUCAAAACUACUCCGACUAUGGUUGCUGUACGCUACAACGCGAUCAAGAAAUUGCGAAGAAAGCAAAGGCGCUCGAGCAGCGCUUUAAUCUAAACACGAGGGGGAAGUGUGCUAACAUGGUGAAAACGAUUCUUUGCCUCGAAUGCCACAAAUAUGCAGCUCAUAUUUUUUCAGCGGAAGGUAACGAGAAUUUUAACCUUGCAACAGCACCCCCAGGAUUAUGCCCUGAAUUCUGUAAAGCGUUUUACAAGGAAUGUGAGGACAUAGCGAUAGAUUUUCCUCGUUUGCUCAAGUGGGAACUUCGAUCACUGUCACCAGCAACAAAUAUAUCUAAUCCUUUAACGGAGGAAGGGCUGUGCGAAGGACUAAAGAUACAAGAUCCAGAUUACUGUUACCCAAAUGUUGAAACGGUCGAUGAGAAUAUUCUUGCCAAAAAAUUUGACCUUGAUUCCAAUAACGGAUGUUUGUGCGUGGAGGAGAUCGCGCGCGGCUUCCGCAAUCCUCUCGCUGCAGUCCACGCGGGGGAUGGCUCAGGGAGGUUAUUCAUCGCGGAGCAGCCAGGUCUAAUCCGUAUCAUCACAGCUUCGGGAAAACUGCUGCAGCAACCGUUUUUGGAUAUCCGCGAUCGUGUCCUAUCUUCGGGAUCUGUCGGUGACGAGCGCGGUUUUCUGAGUAUAGCCUUCCACCCCGAAUUUAAAAGGAAUCGCCGAUUCUUCGUGUAUUAUUCCACCCGUUAUAAGAGAAUAAAAGGUGGCAGGAAGACUUCUAAAGCACCUUUCCUGGCUUAUGAUCACAGAACAGUGCUGAGUGAGUUUAGGGCUUCGGUUUACAAUCGCAACAGAGGCUUGCGGCGCUCUGAAGAAGUAAUUCUUGAAGUUGAUCAGCCCGAGCGUAAUCACAAUGGAGGAACUUUAUUUUUUGGGACUGAUGGAUUCCUAUACCUGACCCUAGGGGAUGGCGGGCGAGCUGGAGAUCCAUUCGGAGAGAUUGGAAACGGCUUAAACAGGUGAGUGCUGUUAUUGGCUGAUUUUCGUCCCAUGUAAAAUCCGGGAAAUUUUUUGCUUGUAGAAUCCGGAAUCCUGGGCUUUGGAAUCCGGAAUCCAAGUUUCACUGACAGCGAACCCAGUACCUGGAAUCCGAAACCUCUGAUUUCCUUUAAUACAUAAUGCAACUUAUCAGGUUGUGUUGUAAAUAAAUAAAUCUCUACAAAAGAAGGGCCGUCAGACUGCGGUUGCCAACAUUUACAUAGAUCAAAUUUCGCCCAUGUGUAGUCCGUAGUCCUCUUGCAUUGCUGGUUUACUACUGAAGUCACGGCAGCAACGUUGGUUGACAAGGACAAAAGCGUUCGCACUUCCCCAACUAAAAUGGUGAAAGAAGUUUGGCACUACUCUCUCCCUUUAUUCUAACAUCUUCAAUUUUCGGCCAUCUACAAAGAAAAGACAAGUGUGAAAAAGAAAACCAUGUUGUUAUCUACGCUUCAUUAAGGUUCUAGCAACACUUAAAAAACCCUGCAGACAAGUGGCAAAGAUGCCUGUUGCAUUCAGAAAUGGUUAUUUUAACGUUCGUUGUCAUUUCCUUUUCAGGACCACUCUUCUCGGAAGUGUUAUUCGCAUCGACAUCAACGCUCGAGGUUAUCUCUACAAAAUUCCCGCGGAUAACCCGUUCAUGGGAAUCCCAGGGGUAAAACCAGAGAUCUUUGCAUACGGCACCCGGAACAUGUGGCGAUGUUCAGUAGACCGGGGCGAUAGGAAGACGGGAGAAGGAAAGGGGCGGAUAUUCUGCGGUGAUGUGGGGCAGAACAAAUACGAGGAGAUUGACCUGAUAGAAAAAGGCGGAAAUUACGGCUGGAGAGGAUACGAGGGAUUUAGCUGUUACGACAAGAAGCUGUGUAGUUCACCAUUGCUGCGUAAGUACCACACGAAUAUAAAGGGUUUAGUUUUAUCGUUUGUCUCCCGAUUAUCACUUUGAUAUUAUAUUGAUCGCGACGUUUCGAUCGCACACUGCAGGUCUUCAUCAGGCGAUAGAGUCGAUUUACUGGGUCGAACUAUGGAUAGAAACCCCAACAAUGAGCGAGGUUUGUGAUACACCAAUCACUAAUAACCACGGUGGUACAAAUAGUUCGACUCCGUAAACUGAUAAAGGCCUGCAGAGCGUGGUCGAAACGUCGCGAUCACUCAAUAUCAAAGUCACAAUCGUGAGACAAACGAUAAAACUAAAUCCUUUGUACACAUUAUCCACGAUGAUUAAUAUCUUUCAUGAUAUCGUACGAAUGUUUCCUAUGAAAUCUGUUCAUAUUAUUCACGUCUCUCGUUACAACCUUGUUGCCAAGGUCUCUUCUUUCCGUACCAUAGGUUACGGUGAGAUAUAUAUGCCGAAUGUGGGAAUCCGUACACUUCGCGCGGAUGAAAUCAUAAUGGGCCAAUUCAAUGUUACCCCACUAGCCUCUGGUUUAAAAUGAGGCUAACGAUGAGCUAUCAUUUUGUUAUCACGUAAGUCAAUCUCGUUGUGAAAGAACGGUUGUGCACUCUGUCACUGCCUGUUGUCUUAUCCGCCACCAGUAUGGCAUUUUUGUAGCGGUUUGGGUGUAGAGUUUCCCAUGAACGAUUUGAGCGUUAUCCAGCCUUUACUCUGCAGUUACUUUAAAAGACACACAAUAGACACUUAAAACAAAGUAUUUUACGUUUCAGAUGUACCGACAGUUUUAUAGCUUAAUUGUAAAACCGACUUUACCGUAAAAAGUUUUUCUAAUCUUUGUCUUUGCAAUUAUAAGUUUAAGAAUAAGUAUAAUUGUUCCAGGACGGAGGAGACAAUUGGUGCUGUUGAGCAAACAAAAGUCCUUCAUCAUCAAAGAUGAUAGUCCAUAAAAUUGCAUUUGCAGUUUGCGAUAUAAAAAUUAAAAGUAUAUAUUUGCGACAGCCGGGAAUCGAACCCAGAUCAACGGCUUGGGAAGCCGCCAUGAUAACCAUAACACCACUGUCGUUUCUUCAAAGUAGAAAGGAGACAAUGAUGACGAAAGGCCACGCCCGAAACGUUUGGAGAGGAACUCAAAACACUACACGGGACUUUUGUUCAUUAUUUUUUGUUGAACAUUCCCUUACUUACUUAGUCAAUUGCCACGCAGCUUAUCGGAAUUCUUUUUUUUCUGUUAUUUGUUAGAAAGGAGACAGCCUGGAGUUGUGUGCUCAGGAUCAGUGUGUAACCCGGCGCUGUACAGUGCUGUUGCUUGUUUGGUUCGCCCAUAGUUAUUAGAGGAGACUGGUUAUGAAAAGCGGCAAACAUCAAUGAUAAAAACAACAGUGCUGUAGUUUAUGUUCAAAGCACCGUGAAAGUGCACAAUCCUUUGUUUUCUGUUGGCAAAUUGUUACGGAAUAAAUUAAUGCAACGUUUUUAUUGGUCAAUACAAUCAAAAUGAUAGGAAUUCUUUUGAACGUUGUGCACUUUCAGGUCCACAAAAAUAUAUAACAAAGGAGUCUGACGGGUUUCAUAACCAUUCCACUCAAUUAACUAUGGUUCGCCGAAUGAGAUUACGUUGAUUACCCGAUUAGCAGGGAUCCAAACUUCACAAUACUGGGAUCCUAGCUAACCAGGCUGGCUCAGUUAUCUUGUAAUCAAAAAUUUCAUUUUUGUUGCGUUUGAUUAACAUGCUGAGAUUUCGGCAAAUUGAGCCAGCCCGCCGACUCAUGUUAUCAAACCCUUAGAGAGAGCGUCACUGUAUAAUAUAUUACAAUUCUUUCUUUCGUUUCAUUUAGGUGGCGCUAUUCCACCUAUUUUCGCCUACAACCAUUCGAUUGGUAAGUCCAUCGUUGGUGGCUAUGUUUAUCGCGGAUGCCAAAACCCAAACCUGAGUGGAAAGUACAUUUUUGGGGAUACCAUGACUUCGUAAGUUAUUUACCUAAGGUCCUUGAAACUCAAAUUAGAAUGAGUUCAUUUAGGUGUUUACGACUUAGAAUUAGAUCACAGCCUUAUUGUAAUGCGGUUUACAUGCUGCAUGAAAAAUAACCCGUAUAUCCAUCCUCUCCUUUUAUGAUCAAACUAUGGCCUUUUUAGGUGUAAGGCUAAUCCCCAACACCGUGUAACGUAAAAGCUUCCAGACUUUUUUGCUUCAAAAACGGCACCUUUUUUUACUAUAAACAACGAUUUGGAGGUAGCGCAUCCACACAAUGGUUCGUCGUCUACCUGAUUCCUGGUCAAAUUGGAAUUUAGAAAAUUAUUCGCUGUGCGACACCACGAGCUCGAUUAUCUAACAGAAAUAGACUCUAAUAGCCUGAGAAGGAAGCUGACAUUUCGCGACGUCACCACUGGUUUCCCCGCAAAAUGACGUCUGAGUAGCCUGCGUAGCAGGCGUCGAAAGGGGUAGGGGGUAAGGGAUAGGGAGGAAGGGAAAAAGGGGAGGGGGAUUGGGGAGAGGGGGAGGGGACGCCUGCUCUAAGAACCCCCUUUUGUUCAUAUCUGCGGACGCUGGCGUCCGCAAAUUCCUGAUUGGCUGAGCCGUAAUGAGUAAGUCAAGUCAAGUCAAUCUUUAUUUAAACACGGUAAAAUCCAUCAGGAAUUUAAAAAAUUAAAAAUAACCUAACUAUCCUAAACAAAAUUCAAAACCUGACUACAACUAAUCUAACUAAAACCUGUUUUUCAUGAAUGCCGUGUAUAACAUUAAAAGUGAACAUUAACUAAUCUUUUAAAUUGACUAAGAGAUUCGGCUUCUCUCACAUGACAGGGUAGGCUGUUCCAGAGAACUGCUCCGCUAUAAGUAAAGCUGUUUUUCAUGAAAUUAGUUCGCGGAAAUGGGACAAAUAGUUUGUUAACAGAGUCCCUCAGGGAGUAACGCGUUUCAUUUCGUUUAACAAACUUAGAUGAUAAAUAUUCAGGAACAAGGCCAUUUAAAGACUUGUAUACCAUUAUGGAUUUCUGUAUUUGAAAUUGAGUGCUCAAGUCUUUCCAAUCGAGUUGUCUAAUCAAACGGUUAGCAUCAGCAUCAUAGCUAGAGAAGGUUAAAACGCGAGCGGCACGGUUCUGAAGCUUCUGUAGCCUGUCAAAUAAUGUUUUACCACAAUUACCCCAGACAAGAUUGCAAUAAUCGAAAUGAGAUUGAAUUAGUGAGUUGUAUAUAUAGUGAAGGGUAGGUGGAGGGACAAAAGGUCUAAUUCUUUUUAUUGCUCCAAUUCCGGAAGCGACCUUUUUAGAUAAUUUAUCAAUGUGUGUUUGCCACCGUAGAUUUUCAUCAAUAAAUAUUCCAAGCGAUUUGACAGAGGAAACGUGUUCUAUCAUAUUGAAAUGCCUGUUUCGCAAAUCAACAAACAGUCGAGAUGGCAGCGGUAGACGUGGAUGUCGUAGAGAGUGCUUUGAGAGAUGUGAAUUUAUCUAGUGGUAGAGAAACUGUUUUAAAACCAGAGCAAGAAUCAGCAGUAAGGGCUCUUUUAGCCGACAGAGAUGUUCUGGCGGUUUUGCGGACCGGAUACGGCAAGAGUUUAAUUUACCAAAUGUUUGUACGGGCGAAGAACUACGAGCUAAAUGGUAAUGCGGCGAUUCUCGUCAUUUCGCCACUAAAAAGUAUUAUCGAAGACCAGUUGCAGGAGAUGGAAUUGUUGGGCUACCCAGCGAAAGAUUUAGCCAAUUUUAAUAUCGAAAGAUGACAUUCGCCGAUGUACCGUAUUUAUUCGAUUAACCGCCCUGGGCGCUUAUUAAAUUUUUGGACCUUGAGAGUGGGCGCUUAUUCGAGGUGGGCGUUUAUUCGAGGCUGGGCGCUUAUUAAAUUUUCACCAUUCUCAGCACGUGUAGUAGUAUAUUUUACAACCAAACAGUAAAUGGUACCAACAAAAAGUGAAGAUGUAACAAAGCAAGGUUUCUGUAAAAUACUCUGAAGAAAACUCCGUCCCCGGGAAGGUCUCUUAUUAUCUCUUAUUGGAGUUAUUGUGGGAGGGAGUGGGUGGGGUGGGCGCUUAUUCGAGGCUGGGCGCUUAUUAACUUUUUCUGCCUUUAGCAUGGGCGCUUAUUCGAGGUGGGCGCUAAUUCGAGGUUGGGCGCUUAUUCGAAUAAAUACGGUAACUUAGCAAUAAAAGAGGGUGGUUCUACCUCAUGCCAAAAUGCUGCUUAUUCCAAUAAAGUUGUUUUUAUCUGCUGGGUAGAUUAUGCUCUGGAAGGUUCUGCAUUUAUACUGAGCAAAUGUUAUUUUAGCCUCAUGUUUCACACUGAGAGGUCAUGACAUACAUAUCGAUUGACUGUAGUUAUUGCUUUCCGGUCGGCAGGAUUUGCCCUCUGAUGCAAGCGCAAUUUCUUUCACCUCUUUUGAAGCAUAAAGCUUUUUUUAUUACGGCUGAAUAAGGGUUCCAAUUUUCUCCAAAGUGCCUUCUGGAUCUGAAUAACUAAGCGAAUUUCUUUAGUCCGUGAGUGUAAUGUUUUUCUGCAAUGGCGAGUGUAGCGACACUUGAUUGACAGUAAGCGUAAUCGGAUUCCUAGAAAAUUGGUAGGCGUUAUGCAAAAACAUAGGCUCUUAGAGCAGGCGCUCCCUUCCCUUUUCCCUUUUCUCCCUCACCCCUCCCCCUCCCCUUUUUGCGCCUGCUACGCAGGCUACGUCUGAGAAACGGGCGCAGAAAUUCCAUACUGAUGACGCGUCACUAUCCAGUUCUGGAUAGUGCUUCUGAUUGGUUGUAGCCAGUAGCAAUGACGCUUCAUCAGUAUGGAAUUUCUGUGCUCGUUUCGAAUUCUAAGGGCGCUUUCCAUUCAACAAAAAUUUCGGAAAUGACACGUGCUCAAUGGGACAGUACAUUCCGGUUGCACAAACCCGACCUAAGCCACCACGCGUUUGGUUAUUGUUCCGUAAGCAGGAUACAAAAGAGCGGUACUGGGGACAACAGUUUUGUCUAAUGGAAAGGGACAUUUUGGGCCGACCGACCGAAACGACAGGACCGUUCAAAGUGGACCACCUUCAAAGCUGGUCUUGAAUAUUCCGGUAGGACCAAAGCGAAAUUAGUUGUCCGUUCCAUUCGAUGUACCAACUGAAGUUUCCGGAAUUUUGGGUUAAAUGGAAAGUACCCCAAGACUCUAACUGCCCCUUAUCAACCACACUGACGUGUGCAAGAUGUGAACACAAUGCAAUGACGUAGUUACGAAUGUCUCUACUCUAACUUCUAAGAACGACAAAUGUUUGGCUGUAAAUUUGUUCAGAUACAUACAACAGAGUUGUUUGUUAUUUUCUCAUGAAAAUGGCGAUAGUUAUUCCCCGAAAUCGAUGAAAACCAAUCCUUACCAAUCACUAAAAGAAAGUACUCGGAAAACAUGUCACACCGAGACACUGUUUCCAUGGCCACAAGGUAGAACCCAAUUGCAUCAGUAAAUAUAACUCUCAAUGGUAGUGUCCAAGUGUGUUCUUUUUUAUAUGUCACAUAGUGCAUAAUAGCCGAAUUUUAAAUUAAAUCCAAGCCCAACUCAGCAGCUAACUAAUACUAUGGAACCCCGCUCUACGCACACCUUUUCAAUUCGGACUCUAUGGCAUGUCCCCUUGGUGUCCAUAUUAAUUGUGUUGAAGAGUUCCACUCUACUAAAUGGUAUUUGAGGGGGAAGCUGAGAGUUAAAAGCGAGUCAUGUCUCCUUAGAAAGCUUUGAAUGCAACUACCUUUCCUAUUUGCUAAUCAUGUCUGUUUUGCUUAAGUCGUAUGUUUACAUUAACCGAGAACCAGGGAAGUUGGGAAGAAAAAGAGAUUUGCUUUGGCGACGGGAAAUAUUGUACCGAUAGACUGAGUGGCGAGUUUGAGCGAUACAUUCUGUCUUUUGGCGAGGACGAGCAAGGUAAGCUUUGAUGUUAAAACAAGUCUUUGUAGCGAUAAUGCUUCUUCGGCAGUCUAUUGAACAGGCCUUUGUAUUCUUUCGCGUUUUUAGCGAAGGUAAGCGCGACCCUCCCGUUCCAGUCAGAGCCCAACAAGGGCACCCAACGAUUUUCUGUAAUUUAACUAAUCUAUUUGGAACGCCGCGAUUAGCGUUUUGGCUAACUGCAGCUAUCUGCGUGCCAGAAAAUGGUUAUUAAGUAAAUUUCCGUUAAUGUAAAUGUUUUGUUGUUGCUGAUUGUAUAAAAGACAAAACGACUCAGGCCCUAGAAUUCUCCGAAAGCCCGGUCCGUGUCCUCGAACUUUCGACCGGACUUUCGACGAUGUCUCCUCUCCCGAUUUUUUCCUGAGGGAUGAGGGGACGUCUGUACACAGGCUACCGUCCCCCUGAGAAGAGUAUUAUUGUCCAUCGCAGUCAAAACCCGGACCAGUGGUAUACCAUGCUUAACUUCAAACUUCUGUCUCCUUUCCUUUUCAAACAUGAAAGUUAUGGCAGAGCGAUGCAAUCAAUGAAAAAGUGCAACUAUUACAUCUUGCCGUAGAUACGUAUAACCAGUUUGCGUUGUCAAACAAACUCUCUCGACCGAAAGCAAUCAUUUGUUCUUAGAAUAAAAUCAUUAUUUUCUAGGUGAACUUUACAUCCUGUCCACAAGUAUUCCAAACAGCAAGAAAGCGAGCGGAAAGGUUUACCGCAUCGUAGAUCCUGGGAGGUAG